AUGUCUGGAGCAGUUGCGCGACUGGCUGGCCUCAAGGUCGGCUCUGCGCAGGAUGAAUCCAGUGGCGAUUUCGGUCUCAUUGGCCUGGCGGUCAUGGGCCAAAACUUGAUCCUCAAUGCUGCCGACCACGGCUUCACCGUCGUCGCUUUCAACCGGACUGUCUCCAAGGUUGACCGUUUCCUCGAGAAUGAAGCCAAGGGCAAGUCCAUUGUCGGUGCGCACUCGAUCGAGGAGUUCGUCUCUAAGCUGAAGAGGCCUCGACGUAUCAUGCUUUUGGUCAUGGCCGGCCCCGCCGUCGACGACUUCAUCGAGAAGUUGCUCCCCUUCGUCGAGCAGGGUGACAUCAUCAUUGAUGGUGGAAACUCCCAUUUCCCGGACAGCAACCGUCGUACUAGAUACCUGCAAGAGAAGGGUAUCCGCUUUGUCGGUACCGGUGUCUCUGGUGGCGAGGAAGGUGCCCGCUACGGUCCUUCUCUCAUGCCCGGUGGUAACGAGGAGGCCUGGCCAUACAUCAAGGACAUUUUCCAGAGCAUUGCCGCCAAAUCGGAUGGCGAACCGUGCUGCGACUGGGUCGGUGAUGAAGGUGCUGGCCACUACGUCAAGAUGGUUCACAACGGUAUCGAGUAUGGUGACAUGCAAUUGAUCUGCGAGGCCUACGAUAUCAUGAAGCGUGGUCUCGGUUUGAGCUACAAGGAGAUGGGUGAUGUCUUCGCCGAGUGGAACAACGGUGUCCUGGAUUCUUUCCUGAUCGAAAUCACCCGUGAUGUUCUCCGCUAUACUGAUGACGAUGGAACCCCUCUCGUCGAGAAGAUCCUCGACACUGCUGGUCAGAAGGGAACUGGCAAAUGGACUGCCAUCAACGCUCUCGACCUCGGAAUGCCUGUCACCCUCAUCGGAGAGGCUGUCUUUGCCCGUUGCUUGAGUUCCAUCAAGGAUGAGCGUACCCGUGCUGCCAAGGUCCUCAAUGGACCCAAGCCCAGCUUCACUGGAGACAAGGCUCAGUUCUUGAAGAAUCUCGAGCAGGGUCUGUAUGCCUCCAAGAUCAUUUCGUAUGCGCAGGGUUUUAUGCUCAUGCAAUCUGCUGCGAAGCAGUAUGGCUGGAAGCUCAACAAGCCAUCCAUUGCCCUCAUGUGGCGUGGUGGCUGUAUCAUUCGAUCUGUCUUCCUGAAGGAUAUCACCUCGGCCUACCGUGAAAACCCCGACCUUGAGAACCUGCUGUUCAACGACUUCUUCAACAAGGCUAUCCACAAUGCCCAGGAGGGCUGGAGAGACGUCAUCGCGUACGCUGUCAAGGCUGGCAUCCCCAUGCCAGCGUUCACGACCGCGCUUGCCUUCUUCGAUGGCUACCGCACCAAGGACCUGCCUGCCAACCUUCUCCAAGCUCAACGUGACUAUUUCGGUGCCCACACCUUCCAGGUCAAGCCCGAGUACGCCAACGACAAGUACAAGGUCGGCGCAUACAACCACGUCAACUGGACCGGUCGUGGCGGUAAUGUGUCUGCUUCAACCUACAACGCAUAA